AGUAAGCAAAGCAAAGCUCACUUAGUUUAGUCCAAUGGCAUGCGGAUGAAGAACUCCCCAAAUUGUCUGGCCAUUCUCUCAUCAUUAUUCCUUUAAAUACCACACACACAAUUCGAUCCUCUGUGAUCAAUCCAUCAUUCAUUCUUUGCCUCUUAAUUUCGAUAUCAUCACAAAUCUCCUACAAAUUCAUCAUCAUGGGAAAUUGCUUAGUGAUUCAAGACAGUAGGAGCAAGGAGAUCAAGAUCAUGAGUAUGGACGACGGCGAGAUCCUGAAGCUGCCGCCGCCGCCGCCGCCGUCGUCGUCGUCCCCACUCAACGCCCGGGAGGUGCUAGGAGUCGUCUCCGACGGCGUGCUCCCGGCGGCCGCCGUGGUGAGGGUGAAGCUGGUGGUCAGCAAGCAGGAGCUGAGGAAGAUGCUGCUGCUGCACCACGACGGCCUCUCCAUGGAGGACAUGGUGUCGUCUCUCGUGCAGAAGGAAUUGGCCGACGAAGCAGACGAUGAGCAGGAGAGCUGCAGCGCGUGGCGGCCUACCCUGCAGAGCAUACCUGAAGGCAGCGUGUUCUAGCUUCAUGACAUCCUCUUCAUGCAGAACAAAUAAUCAUGAUGCAUGGAUGUGUAUAUAUAGCUAUCAAUUUUACGGUUAUUAAGGAGAUACUAAAAUUUUAGUGCUAGGUAUCAAAUUUUACGCUAAAAUUUUAGUACCUCUCGAGGACUAUAAAAUUGCUCAUAUACAAUAUAGAAUACAUAUCAUUUUGGGAUUUGCAAUAAGUUUGUGUUAUGUAUGUAUGUAGCUUAUGAAGUUAUGGACAACAAGAGAAGUCCAUAUAUAGAUUGAUUGAUUGAUAGAUAGGUAUCUACUACUACUAUAAAAGGGAGUAGUG